AUGCUGGCUGCCGAACCCAUCCACAAUAUUUCCCAGGUGAGUGUGCCGCCUUCGUUGACGUCGAACUAUAAGACCAGACCUUCCAUGCACAAGAAAGAUAUGCUUAAUUCUAAAGCCAAGGCUGCCCUUACGUUUGUUGGCCAUUCGAGUAUUGGUGCUGUCACUCUGAGACUCGGGCAGAAUCACGUCCAGCUCACCGAAGACUUGUUUGAAACAAGUGAGAACUACUCUGCGGACUCUGUGGAGCUUGAAAUCUUGAAAAUGAGAGGCGCAUUUCUCUUGCCUCCUAAACAGUUGGCUCUAGACAUCAUAGAAUCGUAUUUUGAGCACAUCCAUCCGCUAAUGCCCGUGAUCAACAGAACUGAGUUCAUGAGAAAGUUCAACGAUCCCAACGACAGCCCGUCUCUCAUGCUUCUACAAGCGGUGCUUUUAUGCGGGUCGAGAGUGCUGGACAAUCCUCUUCUUUUCGAUAGCAAGGGCCUGAGCAAUUUGGCGUCCUUGACCUUCUUCCGCAGAGCAAAGUCAUUGUAUGAAACAAAUUACGAAAGUGAUCCUGUUCUGAUUGUGCAGACAGUUAUUCUUAUCGAAACUCCUUCUACUGGACCCGCGUUGGUGUUGGCUUGGCUCAAGGUUUUGGCUUUCAUCGUGACGUCUCUUCAUCUCCGUCUCACAGAAAAUGAUAAAAAGAUCUGGCGCCGUAUCUGGUGGUGUCUUUUUGAGAAAGACCGUAACGUGGCCAUCGCCUUUGGCAGACCUCCUGCCAUUGAUUUGACCGAUUGUGAUGUGCCCAUGCUCACCAUGGAAGAUUUCAAUGAGGACGACCAUGAGACGGGCAUCAAAUCUCCAUACCCCGUUAACGAACUUCAAGCCUUGUAUUUCAUACAUUUGGUCAAGUUGGCCGAGAUCACUGGUAUCAUCAUCAAGCACCAGUACACAGUCAAAGCAGAGCUGAUGAAACGAGUGAACAAGUUCAGUGUCAUUCAACACUGUGACAUGCUAAUGGGUAUUUGGUUCACAAACUUGCCUCCUCAACUACUGUUUUCUCUCACUGAAUCAUCAAAACAAAACUUUUACGCGUGUCUAUUGAACGCACAGUACUAUAACAGACUUUAUUUGAUUCACAGAGCAAACUUGUUGAGAAUGGCUCGCUCUUCGUCAACCAAUCCGAACAACUAUAGGUAUCCAUCCUGGGGUAUAUCUUUCCAGGCUGCUCGCAUGAUUUCUAUUGUCUCGAAGAUCUUGCUUGACAAGGGGGCCUUGAAAUACUGUCCUGUUAUGUUCGUGUACAUCCUUUUCAGUGCAUUGGUGAUGUUGAUUUACCACGUGGACUCGACAAACCCAGUGAUUGCUUCGACCGCCUCCGAUGCAUUGUUUAUUUCUCGUGCUGUCUUGAAGGAGCUCGCAAAGUACUGGCCGAUUGCCAGUGUGCUUAUAAAGUUGUUUGACAAGUAUGCAAAUGACAAGAUGAAGAGAGCAGAGGUCAUUGAGAGAAACAAUCAGAUCGUUGAUCAUCAGGAACGCCAGAAGACAAGACACUCUGAUACUGGUGCUACGACACGCCCGGAGCGUGUUCAACACGAGAGAGAAUAUCAGACGGGUGGCCCAGCCUCUCCGGCAAAUCUGGCCACCUCAGGUGUUUCUCCAAGAGGAAGUUCAUAUAACUAUGGCUCGAUGCCUCAGACUCUGCAACCACAGCCAAAACAUCCCCAACCAGACCUCGAGCAGUUGACGCCUGUUGCAAAGACAAGGAAUGAUGAAGGAGCAGCGACAGAUGAAGAACCUACCAUGGAUGAUGCCGUUCAAACUGAUGGUCUCGAGGCAGCUCAGCUGAUGACACCUCUCACGAACGCCCAAAAUAAUUCAGGGCCCUUUGCUUCAGCCACUACUGCCGGUGCACCUAACGAUCUUUUCACCAACUUUAUGGACAGCUCGUUCAUCAACAUGAACUUGCAAGCAACUGCAGAGGAAGAUAACUACUUGAAUGACGAUUUUGGAUCGUUACUCAACUUUCAGUCCAUGUAA